CUGGCAAGUACUGAGCACAUAAGCCCUAGCUGUUAUUAAAGCCUAACACUACCACAUGAGUCUCACCUAUCUCUGGCAUCCAUCUUCAUUAGAUCCGUCAAUGACCGCAUAUUAUGAAUGAUGUAUUCAUAUCAUACCCACGGUUUAUCGUUUAUAAAACUGGUUAUUUAACACUGGCAUCAGGUGUUCUGUGAUGAGGACCCACCGCCCAGAAGCACAGGAAUAACUUCAAAGUAUUGUACAAGCAUGAUGGACCCAAAUAGUCAGCCAAGCCCUAUCCAUUGGUCAAAAACUCACCAAAGAUAAUAAUGUACAUUGUAACCUAGUGUUUCCUAGCGUUAUCGACUCAUAAGAUAAGGUGUACCAUGCGUCAGUUGAAAUGUGUCAGUGUUGGUAUGACCCCCGGGCAGAGCGGAGUGCGUGUCUGUGUGUGUGUGUGUACUGUACAUGGCUCAGGUCAGGGUGUACCGGAUUGAACUGAGGUGCGGCGGGUGUGUGAUACGGAAAACCAGGACACCAGCCCUCAUAUAGUAGAGACUAACACCAAGUUUCCACAAUAACAGAAGCUGCGGCAGUGUCGAAGGGGAACCAUAAUAUCAGGAACACGUGACGGUAGAGAGGAUGGUGGAGACGCCUGAUGAGAGGGUGGAGAGGGUGGUGGCUGGUGUGGAGAGUGCGGUAGAGGCGUUGGGAAGCAAGGGAGGUGAGACGGGAGACGUGGAAGAUGAAGGAAAAGCUCCAUCUGCCACCAAGGACUACAUCACCUAUAAACAGCGCUGGGCCAUUCUCAUCACCGUUACCUUACUCAACAUAUCAAACGCUUCGCUGUGGAUAAACACUGCGCCGGUGACCUUCAAGGCGGCAGCUUACUUCCAGCAGCCAGUGGAAGAGAUUAAUUGGUUCAGUCUGGUGUUCCUCUUCGUCUCUAUCCCCUUCUGUUUUAUCUCCACCUUCAGCGUCAAUCACCUGGGGCUCAGACCUGCGAUCCACAUAGGGUCGGCCCUUAACUGCCUGGGGGCUGUGUUAAGGGCCGUGUCCACCAGUGGCCUCAUCACGUCCCUCAACACCCAGUUUGCUGUCAGCCUAACUGGUCAGACGAUCGCCGGGAUGGCUCAGCCCUUCCUCCUCUUCAUACCAACCAAGGUGUCCCAGUUGUGGUUCCCGGAGCACGCCCGAGCCAUCUCCACUACCGUCCUGUCCAUGUCCAACCCUCUGGGGAUCCUGGUGGCACAGGUCUCCUCGCCACUGCUGGUGAAGAACAAGGAUCAACUACCCACACUUAACUACGUCUUCUGCGGCGUUGCCAUCGUCUCUCAGGUGGUUACCCUCGCUUGUAUCACCAGGUCUAAACCACCGACGCCCCCAAGCCAGAGUGCCGAGCGAGGGGAGAAAGAGAGGGCACCCUACCUCACGCAGCUGAAACAGACAUUCACCAACGUGCCUUACCUCCUACUGCUGUUGUCCCUCGGCUGUGGUGUGGGUCUCUUCUCCUCCCUGGCCACCGUCACCCAACAACUCCUCUGUCCUCUGGGAUAUUCUGACACAUUCAGUGGAUUAAUAAACGGAGCAAUGAUCUUCUGUGGAUUUGUGGGGUCGGCCGUGACAGGCAUAAUGGCUGACCGGACGAAAGCCUUCACUCCCAUCACCAAGGUCACCUAUGGCCUGGCUACCGUCCUUGCUAUUAUCUUGAUGGAGAUGUUCAUGGUACCACAUCAGCACGCCCUUGUGGCUCUCUUCAUGGGUCUCUUUGGAUUCUUCGGGGUGGGGGCGUACCCGAUAGGCCUAGAGCUGGCGGUGGAGACGACGUACCCGGUGGAGGAGAGCAUUAGCACCGCCUUCAUCUUCAUGUCUGGUCAGGCUCAAGGAAUGAUCAUCAUAGCAAUGGUAACUUUCCUGGCCAGAGAGGAGAAACCUGAGUACUCUGACCUUGAAGUAUGUACGAAGGGAAUCAGCUCCGAUAGUAUGGAAUCCGAGCCUCAGGACUACACAGUAUCAUUAAUGGCAAUCAUGGGUCUACUAACCUUCGCGGUGACUCUUACUAUAGUCUUCUUCCACACUCCUUACAAGAGACUGGAGGCAGAACGAGCCUCCACUAGCCUGACCACCUCCACCUCCUCCGUCCACUCCCUCACCGCUACCUCAGGAUACGCUUCUGAGAACAUCUGCGGCACGGACUCCUCUACUUCGUCCCGGAACUCUGAGAAGAGGAAGACAGUGGGAGUGGUUGAAGAGUGGGAAGCGGAAGACUAUGAUCCUGAAAUUGAACAAAGUCACCUGUAGCUCACCUGUGACUCACCUGUAACUCACCUGUGGCUCACCUGUAACUCACCCGUGGCUCACCUGUGGGUCACUUGUGGGUACCUGUGACUCACCUGUAGCUUACCUGUAGCUCACCUAUGGAUCACCUAUAGCUCAUCUGUGGCUCACCUGUGACUCACCUAUAGCUCAUCUGUGGCUCACCUGUGACUCACCUAUAGCUCAUCUGUGGCUCGCCUGUAAUUUACCUGUAGCUCACCUGUGAUUAAUAGCUCCUUAAGUGACUAAUCUUUGCUGUCACUAUAUACUGCUACGUGCCGGUGCAAAAAAAAAAAUAGUCAAAUAGACUCAUUAUCUUCUGUUACCUGUGAUGGAAUAGUGGAAACUGUCUACUCUUGUGAUGGAACAGUGAACUAAACAGUGGAAGAGGUUUAGGUCGUGUAUUGAGGAAGACCGUGUGUUCUUCUGAGCUGACUUGAACAUGAGAGAGAGAGAGAGACCCCGAUAUAUAAUUAAGUUUUUUAAUAAAAUUAUAAAAUAAAUUAAGAGAAUUUCGCUGUAACAGGAUAAUGUAGUGUAGUGUAAUGCCAAACUCUUCAUCUAUCAUGCCAAAUAUCAUGUCUUCGUGUGUGUGUGUGUGUGUGUGUGUGUGUGGAAGGGACAGUAAAGUAAGAAACACCUCUAAUUCUGGCAUUUAAUAUUCUUAGUUUGACAAGAUUAAUUUUUCAGCCUCUUUCCCAGUCUCUUCUUCUAUGAAAACUGAAACGAGAGCGACUUUGGGCUAUUGUUCCGGAAUGCAAAUAAAUAUAUCAUUGUUCCGAUUGGUGCCAAAGAUAUACACCACCUGAUCCCUAUUACCACACCUGACCAAGACAUACUUCAGAUGAUGGUCACAAAGUUGCUUCAUAACCCCCC